CUCCCACUAUUAUCGAAAAAACAGUUUGUAUGGAGCAAUAUAAUCAAUCUAAUUUCCAUAUUCCACUGAAUGGGAUGAGAAAUGGGAGAUAUUCACCAAGGGUGGGUAUGAAUGAAGUUCAGACUUUUGGCAGUUUUCGGAGCGUACGCUCACAACCUAGGGAUUUUACACAGAGGUCCAUCCACCCACGCUUUGGGGAUUCCAGAAGAGAAAGCCAAUACAGCCACACUGGGAACCAGUCAAACUGGAAUUUUCCAAUAACCACUGGCUAUGACAGCAGCCAUCAGUUUGAAGACAUGGGCAAUAUGAACGUCCUCCAAUCACAAACCUUGAGCUGUGCUACGGAGUCUAAUGACAUGCAGCUUCAUCAGCUAACCUCUCUGCGGGAGAAAGAAGGGGACUUGCUAGACGAUGAGCUUCACAUCUAUUCAGAGCUAGACUCAGACACCACCCCAGAGCUGGAGGCAAUCAGUAUUUCUGAAGAGGGUUCAUUUCAGGACACACUGGAAGAUCUGGGUCCAAAGUUUCACCAACUGGCUUCUAUAUGCAUGACAGCCAAGGACUCACAACCUAAGGAAAUCCACUCACCAUGUGAGAAUUUAAAAAGAGAAAGCCUGUCCUACCAACACAGCUACCCUCAGAACCAGUCAGACAGGAAAUCUCCAAUAACCACUGGCUAUGACAGCAGCCAUCAGUUUGAUGAUAUGGGCAACAUGAACGUCCUCCAAUCACAAAACGUGAGCUGUGCUACGGAGUCCAUUGAACUCAUGCCACUUCAUCAAAAGACAACCUCACUCCCAGAGAAAAAAGGGGACUUAGACAGUGACCUUCACAUCUACACACAGGAGAGGGACUCCGACGCCACCUCAGAGCUGAAUAGGAUCAGUAUUUCUGAAGGUGCUUCAUAUCAGGACACACUGGAAGAUCUGGGCCCAAAGUGCCACCAACUCACUUCUAUUUCCAGCCCAACACAACGACAGGACUCAAGAUAUUACGACAUGUAGUAAACAUUUGUUCCAAGUGUGAGGAAGAACAUUCAAUUCCUAUACUCUAUUAGGAGGAGAGACUAAAAAGGGUUUGUGGCGACCACUUCUGCAGGAGAAAUGCUACGAGAGAGCCAUAUUGUUAAUCACAUAUUUAUUACUGUGCCACAUGCGUCUUCAGUUUUUAUAUCAAACUGGGGAAAGAAAAAAAAACCAAAAAAAAAAAACCCAAAACAAGCAAAAGCCAAAACGAAACCACAAAAGUACAGUUGUCCAUUUUGACAAACCUGUCUUCCAGAACCCAUUUGGAUUACAUUUGGACAGCCAAGUAUGUGUAAAUGUAUACAAACAUUAAAAAAAAAAAAA